UUUUAUCUCUCUUGUCGAAGCAGUGGUCAAGAGACCCUGCUUAAUAAAUCUUCAAAAAUCAAGAACAUCCUACAGACAUACACAAUAUAAAAAAUGUCUGGUAACUGGAGCAAUAACCGUGGUGAAAACGGAGGUUCCAAAUUUGGAGGAAACAAAUUUGGUAGCAACAACUCAAGGUUUGGGAAUGGUGGCUCAAAAUUUGGUGGAGGUGGGGGUGGUAAAUUCGGAGGCAGUGGAGGUGGUUACGGUGGCAAAAAAGAAUUUACAGGUGGUCAGAACAUGAAACGUCCUAACUGGGAUUCUAUGUCUCUGCAACCAUUCAACAAAAAUUUUUAUAACCCACCUCCAUCUGUUCUAAACAGAUCACCCUAUGAAGUAGAAGAAUAUAGAAAUGAACACGAGAUAACUGUAAGUGGGGCUGAGGUGCCAAACCCAAUUCAGCAUUUCGAAGAGGGUAAUUUCCCUGACUAUGUCAUGUCAUCUAUUAAGGGCAUGGGUUAUAAAGACCCAACACCAAUCCAAGCACAAGGAUGGCCUAUUGCCAUGUCUGGUAAAAACUUAGUCGGCAUUGCUCAAACUGGUUCUGGUAAAACACUGGCUUACAUAUUACCAGCUAUUGUGCACAUUAACAACCAGCCACCAGUAAGGCGUGGUGAUGGCCCUGUUGCAUUAGUUUUAGCGCCCACCAGGGAGCUGGCACAGCAGAUUCAGCAAGUAGCAUCUGAUUUUGGCAAUGCAGCCUAUGUGCGAAACACUUGUAUAUUUGGAGGCGCUCCUAAAAGAGAACAAGCUCGAGAUUUGGAAAGAGGAGUUGAGAUUGUAAUUGCCACACCGGGAAGAUUAAUUGAUUUCCUAGAAAAGGGCACAACAAAUCUACAGAGGUGUACUUAUUUAGUUUUGGAUGAAGCUGACCGUAUGUUGGAUAUGGGUUUUGAGCCCCAAAUAAGGAAAAUAAUAGAACAAAUUCGUCCAGACAGACAAACCUUGAUGUGGUCCGCUACAUGGCCUAAAGAAGUUAGGAAAUUAGCUGAAGAUUACCUUGGAGAUUAUGAACAAAUCAACAUUGGCUCAAUGCAACUGUCUGCCAAUCAUAAUAUUCUCCAGAUCAUAGAUGUUUGUCAAGAGCAUGAGAAAGAAAACAAAUUAAAUGAACUGCUUCAAGAGAUUGGACAAAAUCAAGAUCCUGGAGCAAAAACUAUAAUAUUUGUUGAAACUAAGAGGAAAGUAGAGAAUAUUACUAGAAAUAUAAGGCGAUAUGGAUGGCCUGCUGUUUGCAUGCAUGGUGACAAGUCACAACAAGAGCGAGAUGAUGUUUUAUAUCAGUUCAAGCAGGGCCGUGCUAGUAUACUUGUUGCAACUGAUGUUGCAGCUAGAGGGCUAGAUGUGGACGGAAUUAAAUAUGUUAUAAACUUUGAUUACCCAAAUUCAUCUGAGGACUACAUCCAUCGGAUAGGUAGAACAGGACGGUCUAAAUCAAAAGGAACAUCAUAUGCCUUUUUCACACCUUCUAACUCUCGUCAAGCUAAAGACCUUGUUUCUGUUCUUCAAGAAGCCAACCAGAUUGUCAGCCCUCAACUCCAGACCAUGGCUGAUCGCUGUGGUGGAGGUGGUGGAUGGAACAGGAACAGAUAUGGAGGUGGGCGUGGAGGUGGAGGUUCCUUCAAAAGGGGAUCAAACUUUGGCAGGGGCAGUGGACAUGGCAGUAGUGGGCAUAAAAGAUUUAACGACUAUUAACCUAUUAUUUAUUAUUUUAACUAGUGAUUUUAAGCAAAUCCUCAUAGGAAUAAACAUUAAGUGUGUGUGAAUGAUGUAUCUAGAUCUUAAUUAUCAGUUGAAAUUGGCAAAAAUUAACCAUUGUAUCUUUUUUAGUUUUUGGUCCUUUUUUUUCUGUAAUUCAGGUAGAAAACUUGUGAAUUAAAUAAAUUAUUUUAAUUUAAUUUUUACUGUGAUAUUAAGUGAGGAUUAGCUUAAGUUAAUAAGUUUGUCUAAUUACCUGUUCAAAAUUUCAUUGCAAUUAUAAAACGGUUGCAAAUUAUCAGCCCUAAAAUAAAAUAUUCAUUCCAAUUCAGUUAUCUGGUAAAAUAAACAUUUAAAAUAUU